GACCAAAUAUUUCCUAUAAGUUCUUGUAAUAGUACCAACUUCGUUGCUGCCCUGGGAAAUUAUUGUGUCUACGAUACAAAAGUAAACUAUUCGAUCGUGAGUGACUAAGGUGACAUUCCUCUUUAGUGGUAAAGUUGCGAGUAUUUCCUGCAUCCUCCACUUUGGUACUAGCAGGCAAAAGACAGAAGUCCAAGUUCUUGUUUCCGAGCGGCAUAACUAGCAAGCUAGAUUUUGGACACUUGCGACGCUCCAGUCGGUGUAUUUCGUUGACAAUAAAGAGUUGGAGACAUUCUUCUGUUAAUGAAAUAAACGAGGUCUUGUCAUGAUCGACGCUACCAUGACUAACGCUAGCUCAUCGACAGCUGUCGGCCGAUUCAAUCAUCGUUGCUUUUCGUCAACCUACCGAGCAUUUUCGAUUGCCAUCCUUAGCGGCAGGGAAAGAAUCGACGUUGAAAGAGGAAAUAAAGUGAUCAUGCCUGCAUCAGCUCUCCGGAAAUUGACGCUAUUUUCUGCAACAUAUCCAAUGAUGUUUAAGAUUCGAAAUGUGCGACUCCAUCGCGAAUCUCAUUGUGGUGUACUAGAGUUCUCAGCGGAGGAAGGCCGCUGUCUGCUUCCUUUCUGGCUGAUGAGGUUAUUGCUUCUCUACGAGGGCGAUCUAAUCGAGAUGGUAUCUGUGCAACUUCCAAUCGGAACUUUCGCGCGUUUCCAACCCCAAUCUGUUGACUUCCUUGACAUUUCGGAUCCUCGAGCUGUGCUUGAGAGACAACUUCGAAAUUUUGCGUGCCUGUCGGCCGGAGAUGUCAUUGCCAUUGAGUACAAUAAUCAUGAGUACGAGGUUUGCGUGUUAGAAACAAAGCCAGCAGAGGCGAUCUCAAUUGUAGAUUGUGAUCUUCAAGUGGAGUUCGCUGCUCCCGUCGGAUACAAGGAACCUCCUAAAAAGCAAGGCACGAGUGUGGAGGUAGACGGUUACCAAGAUGAUUUCAAGCAACCCAAUGUUGUCAUCAAGGAUAAAACGUUUAAAGCUUUUUCUGGCCAAGGGAAACGCAUCGAUGGAAAAGAGGCCAAGUCGAAGCUAAAUCUAACGACUUCACGAUUAUCGGAUUUAGCGAUGGAUGAUACGACAACAAAAACAAUCACCAAAUCAGUAACUGAGGCGCAAAUGGCAAACGCAAAUUCCCCAGAAGCGCAAAAUACGCAGCAACCACAACAGCAUCAAGCGAAAGUAUCAAUUCGCACUCGUGGAGUUCCUGAUUACACAUGGCGGCUUGGAGUUAUAAAAAUGAUCCGCAUACGAGAGAGACCGAAAAAAGAUUCGACACCAAAAACAGAUGAUAAAAAAAGAAAAGGAUCAUCCGAAGAUCAGAGCAAAUCAUCGAUGUUUACCGGUACAGGUCAUACACUGAAACCGAAGUGAGAUUUUGUCUGCCAGAGGAGAACAGUCUGCCAGGCGAAGCAACUGAGCGGACUGGUGAAAGUAUAAUAAAUAAAACAACCCAAAAUUAAUUAGAACUGUA